AUGAGACUGCAAUCCUCAGGUUCCGACGACACAUCAGUCGAUGUCAAGCCGAAGAAGCUCUCCAGACCCGAACGAAAGGCACUCGAGAGGCAGAAAAAGGAACAGAAAUCUGCAAACCAAAAACGAAGCCAGGCCAGAGCCAAGUACAAUCUCCACUCCAAUGCCGUAUCAGAGCUGACGCCAGAAUCUGGCGCUGAAGAUGUAUUGAGGGCAAUCAAGAGAGCACAGAAUAUGCAUGACCAUCACGAUGUCAGAGUAAUUGCCAACUUUUUGCUGGAUGAGUGCGGGGAGGACUUUGCUUAUGGCUACCGAGGCUCUCUAUUGGCUCGAUUAGCUGUUGCGGCACUUCACUUUGGAAAUCAUGAAGUUGCAGGACGAGCGAUCACUAUUCGACGCCUUGAGCAUCGCUCAAGCAUGCUACCGAUGGAAUCUGCAGCCAUUAUUCGAGGACUUCUCAGAUCUGAGAACACAACAGAAGCCAUGGAACUAUUAUUUGAUGAAUUGAAACUUCCCUUGGAGGGCACACCAUUGGAUACAACAGAGAAUCAAGAGCUCUUGAAGCAUCGAGCAUUAUCACUGGGAUCUAUUACAUCACGGUAUUUCUACGAGUCCUCGCCAUCGCAAGCUGUUGAAGCAUGCAAAAUGUUGGCACAGAUGGGGCCAAUCGUUCGCGAGGCGAAGAUAGAAGCAAGCUUCAUUGAUAUGCCAUGGCUACGUAUCAUUCGAGGAGCUGCGCAGUGUGAAUCGCGCCGGAGAAAUGGCGAAGCUGCUGCCGAUGAAGAUAGCGAUGUCGAGUUGCCAUGCAAUUUGGUGUAUGCUGUCUUGGGAGCAAUGACAACAUUUCCAUCAGAUAAUGACGACCGCGUCUUUGAAGCGUUAUCCAAUGCAUUGGUGAGGCGAGUGCUAUUUGUAACAGGAGCAAUCAGCAUGGCGGGCUGCCCCCCUGCUGAUCGCGGAGAGGCGGUUUUCAUCGGACGUAGUAACGUUGGAAAGUCAAGUCUUGUCAACAUGGUGACGAAUCGAAAGUCGCUAGCGUACACCAGUAAACGGCCAGGAAAGACGCAGCAGUUCAACUAUUUUGCUGUUAAUGACAAACCUGGUAGAGAAAAGGAGAUCAAAUUCGGAGAUGUAGUGGAAGGAGAAAAAGACCUUGAUUCCUUUUACAUUGUGGACCUUCCAGGAUUUGGCUUUGCCAAAGUACCGGAUCAACAACGAAAGGAAUGGGCCGACUUUAUGAGAGAUUUCCUUGCAAAUAGGAGAACACUGAAGGUUGUAUUCCAUCUUGUGGAUGGACGUCACGGACCGAUUGAUGAAGAUGCCACCAUCAUGAAGCAAGUUGGUGAAAGUCUUCCAAAGAAUGUUGCAUAUGUUGUGGUGUUGACCAAGGCUGAUAAGAACGCUAAGGGACCAGCGAAGAAGAAACUUGGAAAAGUUUCGAUCGAUGUUCUCAACACCCUUCGAGAGACGAUGAGGGAAAACAAGGUUGGCAAUGCGCCAAUCAUCGUAACGUCAGCGGAAACCAAGCUUGGCCGUGACGAUAUUUGGAGAUAUUUAAGGAUAGCAGCUGAAGCCUGA